AUGUCAGCGCUUGAAGUCGGGGUCCAACCUCCAAUCGCAUCUACUCAGCCAGAGGUCGGGGGAGCUCGAAAGAGAAGGAAGCGAGCCCCAGCUGCUGGAGCGGCCACCGACUGCUUUACCUGCACGACCCGCAACGUCAAGUGUGAUCGAAGGAGACCUUACUGCUCACAAUGCCUGGACGAGGCGAAGGACUGUUCAGGCUAUAAGACUCAGUUGACAUGGGGAAAUGGCGUCGCCAGUCGAGGCAAGCUCCGAGGCCUCUCUCUCCCCGUUGCUGGCACUGCACAAGUCGCCACUCCACAGUCGCCACCAAAGAAUAAACGAAGACAAUCGCAAACACACCCCUCACAACAUCCACAGCGUCCCAGAGUCUCUAUCUCGUCUCAAGAGCCUGCCCACAUCGCCCCUACUUUUGUGCUCAGCCCUGAGUCCGCGGGAAGCAAUGCGACCUUUUCAAUCGAACGCCCCCUCCUCUCUCCCGCAGUCCCAGCUGCCUAUUCGACCGCUGCUUGGGUUCCUUCACUCGCGACUUCACCACUGGGCCCUGAAACACUCAAGACAGAAGACACUUUUGCAUAUUCGAACCCCUUGCCUAUCCCACUGGCAUCCCCGCUGGAAGCCUACCACUUCUCUCACCGACUAAAUUCGCACAUCUACAGCGCAAAUGACCGAGCAUCGCCUUUGUCGUAUUCCGGACCAUCGGAAGACUCCAUAUACUUCGGUCCCGUCAUGAGCCAUACCUCAUUAGGUGUUCCAAAUUCUGCCUCCUCGUACUCUGCCUCUUCUGCAUAUUCAACAUCACACGACCCGUCAUACCCUGUACAGACACAAUAUUCCGUUUUUGGAAGGCAAAACGACCCUUAUGGAUCAUCCGAGUCGUAUGGUCUGGGCAUCCAGGGUCAAAUUCAACACACAGGGGUGGACGAGGCAGAAGACCACCAAGCACAUGAAGUGGACGAAGAAAUCCCACGAUUUGGCCCAGGCUUUGAGGAAUCGUGUGCUAUUGUGGAGGACGAUUCUUCAGUGGCGUUACGCCAUUUCUCCAGAGAAUACCGACUUUCAUUGUCGCCGCUUGUUGGGAUGGGAGCGAUCGGUAAAACACCAAGAAUGCAAUAUCUCAUCAACUAUUACGCUGAAGUCAUAUCACCUGUCAUUGUGGCAUUUGAUGGUCCAUCGAAUCCUUACAGGACAAACAUUCUUGAGCUUGCCGCGAGGAGUGAAACCUUGCAACAUGCUAUUGCUGCGCUGUCGGCGAGUAAUCUUAGACAACGCAGAGAGACGGGCGCCUUGUCCACGUGCAAGACAGAUCCGGCAAGACGUUCUUCAAUGGCACAUUUGUCGUUGACGAACGAGUCUUGGCACGAUACCGGCUUGUUGACGCCACAAGAACAAGCUCGGGAGGAAUCACUCCACAAGGGUGCAGCUAUAAGUUCCUUGAAUAGGCAAUUGGCGGAUCCAAUUCAUCGGAAAGACGAUUCAAUCCUUGCAACGCUCUUGAUGUUAUGCCUGUUCCACAUCUGCGACACCGGCAUCGCCAAAUUCCAGACGCAAUUUGCAGGUGUGAAGAAGCUGCUUGGUCUUCGCAAAGAUGAUCUACGACUGGACAGUAAAGACACCAAUUGGAUCACCCGACUUUUCACAUGGUUUGAUGCAAUGACUGCAACUGUCAAUGACCGGGAGGGUCAAAUUCAGGGUGUUUACCUCGAUAUGUCGGCCUUUUCGGAUGAGGAAUGGGCACUGGAAAACCUGGUAGGAUGUGAUGCCCAACUGUUCAAGACCAUCGCUCAACUCGGACGGUUGAACGUGCUGGGUCAAGGGAAAGCCGUCACCCAGAUCCCCACUGUCAUCUCCCGGCCUCUGCCCUCAAUUCCACCCGUUAAUGAUUACAGCAACUUUGAUGGUAAUGGCUGGAUGCGAAUGGUCGAGGAUGAGAAUCUUUUCUCGUCCAAGACCGACGCGUCUAAUAACACCAACCCGCAGGAGCAACAGACACAGUUUUGGCGUGAGUGGCGUGAAAUCCGACACGCGCUGCAGAUGUGGCAAUUGGAUACAUCCCUAUUUGAUGCAACCAGUGUCGCGGCACCGUAUCUGACAGUCGAACAGAGAGUCGAUCUAGCCAAUAUCUCCGAAUCAUUUAGAUAUUCUGCGUUGCUCUACACCGAACGCCUGGCCAAUCCACGGGUUCCCAGCACGGACGAGCGUAUCAGGUCAUGGGUUCAGCAGUGUUUGAGGUACAUCAAGGCCGUGAAGAGUGAUGUGUACCUCCUCUGGCCUCUGUUCAUCACGGGUAGUGAAUGUGUGGCUGAGGCGGAUCGCAGCGUGAUCCGCGAGAGAUGUCUCGAUAUCCAGAAGGAUAGUGGAUUUUUGAACAAUCAGAGUUGUCUCGAGUUGCUCGAGAGGGUGUGGAGGCGGUACGACGAAGACCAUUCAGCCAGUCCCCGGACAGAUGGACGAAGUCAUCUGCCGCGAGAGGAAGAAAGCGGCUUCCGCUUCACAACUAUCAUGAAACUCGAAAACAAUGAGGGUGAAUAUAUCGUUGUCUAA